GCUCUGUUACCUCGGCAACCACUCGAGAGCUAUAGCACAAUACGGAAAUGAAGCUGUGUGAUUAAUGACAAUAACAACUGUCCUACAUGCUCGAUUUAAAGUCAAAAACGGUUUUAAUUUAACAUGGGGAUUACAAAGUUAGCGAAUCUAAUUCAUUUUGACGCGCCAGAGUCUAUGCGCAGGAAAGAGAUCGGCGAUUAUUCUGGGAAGAUCAUUGCACUGGAUACAUCUAUUGUGGUGAAUCAGUUUCGCUCAGCUCUCCCCAGUCAUCUGAAGCUAAGCCCUCUCACAGGCUUGUUUUACCGCACUCUUACUUUCCUGGAGCAUGACAUCAAGCCUGUCUUUGUACUUGAUGGCAGACCACCUAAUCAAAAGAGAGCUGUGCUGGAGAAAAGAGCUCAAAGCACAGGCUGGAACAGUUUACAGAGCUCCAACACAGGUGUGUGCAGUUGUAUUAGACUAAUCGACAAGUCGGCGGUGACGUGUUUAAAGUGGGUGCCGGGUUCAGAGCACCUGUUCCUGGUGGCUCACAGCAGUGGAUGUUUGUACCUGUACAAUGUGGAGCACACCUGUGGAACGACUCCGCCGCAUUACCAGCUCCUAAAGCAAGGCGAGAGCUACGCCGUUCACACCGGCAAGAGCAAAUCGGCCCACAAUCCUCUCCUCCGCUGGACGGCUCCAGGUGAAGCAGAGGCGCUGUGUGCCCACCUGGUCAAAAGUGGCACAGUUAAUGCUGUAGCUUCAGAGGAUAUGGACACUCUGGCGUUUGGAGGGACUGUUCUGCUCCGCCAGCUCAAUGCAAAGAGAGACAGUGAGGUCACAGAGUACUCCUUACCAAAGCUAUUGGAAGCUCUACAGCUGACAUAUAAAGAGUUUGUUGACCUGUGUAUCUUGCUGGGCUGUGACUACUGCGAUAAAAUUGGGGGUCUUGGACCGAGUCGAGCACUGAAGCUUAUUAAACAACAUCAUACAAUAGAGGGUGUGAUGGAACAUGUCAACAGAAAGACACACCCCAUCCCUCCAAACUGGCAAUACAAGGAUGCCCGUAAGCUGUUUUUUGAAACCCCAAAAGUCGACGACCCUGUCCUUGCCUGGAGUGAGCCUGAUGAAGAGGGUCUGGUGCAGUUCCUGUGCAAAGAGAGGCCUUUGAAGGAAGAAAGGGUGCGGGGACGCAUGAAGAAGUUUCGUGAGUCUCUCUUAAAGAGAAGAAAACAGAGGGAGGUGGAUGAGAAAAUGGGCCAAACUAGACAGUCACGUCUUGAAGAAUUUUUCCCUGCGACACGAAGGAGAAAGGCUGUGUCUGCAGCUGUGGAAGCAUCCAGUGGGAGAAAGCGAUCAAAAAUGAAAUAAGAAGGACCCUUUUGAAUCAUGAAUCUAAAAGUAUUGAUCAAACCAUCAUGUGGACCGAAGAGUCAAACGUAUAAUGGCAUGGAUCUGUUUUAGAUGCUUUAGAUGCAAAAAAAGUUUUUAUUUUGUUCAAAGGCAACAUAAUGUAAAACCAGUGCCAAGAAAAUAUAUAUUUUUAAUGUUUUUUGUAUCAUGCAGCCUACAAAACAUGUUCGGAAACCUGUAUUAAAUUACAGUAAACCUC